AUGGCACCUGAAAUAAAAUAUACUAAGAUUUUCAUUAACAACGAAUGGUUCGAUGCUGCGAGCGGAAAAACAUUCCCCACUGUCUGUCCUCAUGAUGGAAAAGUCAUAGCUAAUGUAGCCGAGGGUGAUAAAGCAGACAUCGACUUAGCUGUGAAUGCAGCGAAAAAAGCUUUUCAUCGUAACUCCGAGUGGCGACUUUUAGACGCUUCAAAACGGGGCAAUAUUUUUUACAAGUUUGCUGAUCUUGUCGAGAGGGACGCUAAAUAUCUAGCCGAACUUGAAACUAUCGACAAUGGCAUGGUCUGUACUCGUAUUCAAAGUAUUUUGGCCACUAUUCCGGACCGAAUAAGAUAUAUUGCCAGUUUAGCUGAUAAGAGUGAAGGGACCACUAUACCAUUAGAUGGCGACACAUUCUGCUACACUCUGAAACAACCCGUUGGUGUGUGCGGGCUAAUUUUGCCAUGGAACGCUCCUAUUCUGAUGUUCAUUAAUAAGAUUAUAGCGGCUUUAGCAGCAGGCUGUACCGCUAUUGUAAAGCCAGCAGAACAGACUCCACUAACUGCCUUGGCUUUAGCUGCUCUGAUGAAAGAGGCUGGUUUGCCACCAGGGGUGGUAAAUGUGGUGCCUGGCUAUGGCGAGACCGCAGGAGUUGCUCUCACACAUCACCCGGAUGUCGCAAAGAUUUCUUUUACUGGCUCCUUAGAGGUCGGAAAAUUAGUCCAAAAAGCUGCUGGAGCAAAUAACCUGAAGCGAGUCACGCUGGAGUUGGGUGGGAAAAGCCCUCUGGUUAUCAUGAAUGAUGCAGAUUUGCAAUCUGCUAUUCAAUACGCUACUCUGGGGUUGUUUUUGCAUCAAGGCCAAAUGUGCAUUGCUGCAUCUCGAGUAUUUGUGCAGUCCGGAAUAUACGAUGCGUUUGUUCAGGCCAUGACGACAGCCGCAAGAUCGCUAAAAAUUGGUAACCCUGCAGAAGUUACAUCCCAGUAUGGACCACAGGUCGACGAAGAGAUGAUGAAAAAAAUUCUAUGCUAUAUUGAGAAGGGGCAAGUAGAGGGAGCCAAAUUAGUGAUUGGGGGCAAACGAAUAGGUACACAGGGGUACUACAUAGAACCAACGGUCUUCGCAGAUGUCCAGGACAAUAUGACAAUUGCUAAGGAAGAGAUAUUCGGUCCAGUACAAAGUAUCCUAAAGUUCGAAACCUUAGAAGAAGUUAUUGAACGUUCUAACGCCUCUCAUUAUGGACUCGCUGCUGGAAUUUUUACUACCAAUGUCACCACAGCAUUACAAUUCAGUAAGCAUGUCGAAGCGGGUAUCGUUUGGGUCAAUACCUAUCUUGUCCUGGCACCUCAAGCGCCUUUCGGUGGACGCAAGGAAUCUGGUGUUGGUCGUGAAACAGGUUCAAAAUGUUUGGACGAGUAUCUGGACGUCAAGGCAGUUACCUAUUCUCAGCCUAAAAAGCUGUGA